CCUUUACCUUGGUAUAAGGACUCCAACGUUGAAGACUUUAAGAGGGAGUGGGAAGGAAAAGAGAAAUAAGGAGGAAAUUGGAAUGAAGCCUCUGAGGAGUUUCGGCAGGGCAGAGCCCUGGAGGAUAGGGAAUGUCUCCAUCAUAGUGUCCAUGAUCCUUUCCUUCUGCAUCCUCUCUCUCAUCAAGGCUCGCUAUGGCUCAUCACCAUGUGGGAAUUCACAGGUAUCCUUGAAACUAAUGGCACCAACACAGGCAAAUCUUAAGAUGGUCACAGACGAAAAUGGGGAGCCUACUCUACCAGAGGAGGAAGAUGAUGAAGAAAACAGCACUGUGGUCCACACGGGCAAACCAAUAUGCUACGAAACAAGCAAGAGAUCUGAUACUUGCGAAGCGGAAGGUGAUAUCAGGGUGCAUGGAAGCUCCCGCACUGUCUUCAUCCGCCCUACCUCGCUGAAGCAAGAAAGGAAGAUGAAGCCCUAUGCUCGAAAGAAUGAUCCCGUAGCCAGCGCCAACGUAAAAGAAUGGUCAUUGAAACCAUUAACCAGCCAUCAGCCACCUCCUGAAUGCACCAAAAACCAUUCCAUCCCCGCCAUGAUCCUCUCUAUUGGAGGUUUCACCGGCAACCUCUUCCACGACUUCACCGAUGUGUUAGUCCCCCUCUUCAUAAGCUCUCACCAAUUCCAUGGUGAAGUCCAAUUCCUGAUGUCCGACUUCAGAUCUUGGUGGGUGAACAAAUUCAUCUUAAUCUUCCGGCAGCUCUCCAACUACGAGAUCAUCGACGUGGACAGUGACCAAGAGAGUAUCCGCUGCUUCCCUCGGAUGAUCAUGGGGCCAAGCUUCCACAAGGUGUUAGGCGUGGACUCUUCGAGGUCUCCUAUGGGGUACUCCGUUGUGGAUUUCAAAGCAGUAUUGAGGAAGGCAUAUGGACUAGAGAGAGCAAACGUGACCCCUCCACAAGAUGAGUGGGACAUAAGGAGGCGGCCGAGGCUCUUGAUCAUAUCGCGUAAGAAGACAAGAAGAUUCUUGAAUGAGGGGGGGAUGGUGGACAUGGCGAUGAGCUUGGGGUUCGAGGUGAGGAUCGGCCAGGCCGACAUGCACACCGAUGUGGCGAAGUUUGCGAGGCUGGUGAACUCUGCAGAUGUGAUGAUUGGGGUCCAUGGAGCAGGGCUCACCAACAUGGUGUUCCUCCCUGCAGGGGCUGUGGUCAUUCAGGUGGUUCCCAUGGGUGGGCUGGAGUGGCUGAUUAAAGAAACCUUCCAGGAUCCCGCAGAGGAAUUGCAGCUCAAGUACUUGGAGUAUAGAAUUCAGGCGGAUGAGAGCACGCUCAGUGAGCAAUACCCCAGGGAUCACCCCGUGCUGGCAAACCCCUCCAAAAUCCGCGGACGGGGGUGGGAUGCACUCAAGUCUGUGUACUUGGAUAACCAAGAUGUCAGGCCUCAUUUGGGUAGGCUCAGGAACACUUUGAUGGAAGCCCUCAAACACCUACCUCACAAGCGCAUCAGCUGAGUCCUGAGUGUGGUAAGUGGAUGAUCAUCUUCUUACUUCUUUCUUUCUUUUUAUUCUUUUCAGAUUGGUAAUCCAUAUUGUUUUCUUGUACAAUGAUUGAUAUAAAUGUAUGGUGCAAAUGAAUGGGAAAAUAUUAAUUUUGCUUGCAUUCAUUAUUUGGAAUGCAAAUGUGGUGACAGAAUUGAUUUCAAUGUAACUCAACUUUCAGUGGCGUAAAUAGUUGUCAGGCAAAUUUCUA